ACCCGAACGUUGUCAAACGUGACACAGAAUUCUUUCAACUUCAAGGUAUUGGAUUUUGUUCUCUAACUAAAGCGACAGACUUUUUUUUAAGUUAAGGUAUCAGCAAAGUGCUGAUUAGAUAAAAAAAAACAGAGAAUCCUUGAUGUUCUACAGACAGAAUCUAAUUCAAAGAAGCAUAGCUUAAUUAAGAAGAAAAUGUUCAACAACUUGGAAAUACUGUGGGGAGUCGUGAUAACGCUGUUCACGCUCUAUUGUUAUCUAACGACACGUUACGGUUUCUGGAAGAGGCACGGAGUGCCUGGACCAGAGCCGGUACUUGGUUUCGGUAACAUUCUGAAGGGAAUGUUUGGAAAGGAAUCGCUUCCAGAUUUCGUCUCGAGAGUCUACAAUGGUCACAAGAGCGAGCCUCUGAUAGGGGUAUUUUUAAGAACAAUGCCUGUCCUAUUUGUCAAGGAUCCUGACUUCAUCAAGGACAUCUUGAUCAAAGACUUCUCCAAGUUCGUGGAUCGAGGAUUCCUGAAGAGUGAGCCAGCAGAUCCGAUGUCUAACAAUCUGUUCGGACUGGAAGGAAAGAGAUGGCGACCGCUGAGGACUCGUUUAUCCCCGGUGUUCACCUCCGGCAAGCUCAAAGAAAUGUUCCAGCUGAUUCUGGAGUGUUCCGAUCACCUCGAGGCGUAUCUCGCCACGAUGGUCGAAAAAGGGGAGCCGAUCGACGCGAGAGAGCUCGCCGCCAGAUUCACCACCGACGUGGUAGGAAGCUGUGGCUUUGGAAUCGAAAUGAACAGCCUCUCGGCACAGGAAAGCGAAUUUCGACAAGUUGGCAAAGAGAUUUUCUCCAACAGCCUCUACAGGGUGCUGAAAACCAAACUCCACGAAAUCGAGCCGCGGUUGCACGCGCUUCUCGUUCACCUUCUGCCGUGGGACAAGCCAACGGAACUGUUCAUAAAGAUCACCAGAGAAACGUUGGAGUACAGGGAGAAAAACAACGUCUUCAGGCCUGACUUCAUGAACAUCCUGAUGGAUCUGAAAAAGCAUCCCGAGAAGGUAGACAUCGAAUUAACGCACGAGUUAUUAGCCGCGCAAGCAUUCAUUUUCUUCGCGGCUGGCUUCGAGACCUCCUCGACGACGAUUAGCAACACUCUUUACGAGCUGGCUUUGAAUCAGGACAUUCAGAAGAAGUUGCGAGAAGAAAUCAAGCAGUUCGAGGUGGAAAAUGGCGGGGAGUGGAAGUACGAAACGAUGAAGGAAAUGAAAUACUUGCACAAAGUGUUCCAAGAGACGCUGAGGAAGUAUCCACCUCUGGUAAUUUUGAGCAGAAUGUCGAUCGAAGACUACACGUUCGAGAACACCAAAGUAACAAUUCCCAAAGGAACGUUGCUCUGGAUACCAGUGUUUGCCAUUCACAGAGACCCGGACAUCUAUCCGGAUCCAGAGAAGUACGAUCCCGAACGAUUUGCGGAGGACAAGUUCAACAAGAUCCAACCUAUGCAGUAUAUGCCAUUUGGACACGGACCGAGGAAUUGUAUCGGUGCACGUUUCGCGGUAUAUCAAACGAAGAUUGGACUGAUAAAGAUCUUACGCAACUACAAAAUCGACGUUUGUCCUGAAACACCGAUUCCAUACAAGUUCGAUCCAUUUAUGUUCAUUUUGACACCUUCAACCUCGUUGAACUUGAAAAUGACCAGAAUAGAGGAUUAACGUGGUUUCUCCGUUCGCUCGAAACAAUCGAAAGUUUAUCUUUUUACCAAUUUUUCUUUCACUGGCAAAAUCUGUAAUGCGAUGGAAAUUUAUGUCUCGAAAUCGGUCUCGAAACUAAAUAUAAAUGUAGACUGUUGCGUUUUUUGUAAUGUAAAUAAAUUGGGUGACCAAAGGUGGUCAAAAUAUAAAAAUUAGAGUAAGCAAUAGGAGAAAGGUUCAUAGUACAAUAAAGAAGCUUUCAUUCGUACUAAUUACGUCACACUGAUGAUAACGAAAUGUUAUUAGGUAAAUUUAUCGAGAUAUGACAUCUAUGUACGAUCUAUUAACGAGUCAUUAAUUGAUUUCUUUGACGUCAUGAUUUGAGCCACGAAAGUAUCUAUUUAUAUAUUUAUGUCUUCCUUCAUUAUCUCAGCUCUCAAAGAGAGCGUUGAAAAAUUUAACAAUGCUUAUAAAUCUUUUAUUAUAUAUAA